AUGACCAGCGAAAGUGAGGCAAAGACUGUGUUAUUAAGAAAAACUGUUGAAUAUCUUGAUAAAGCAGCCAAACCCAGUGAUGCCAGUGAAGCCAUUGCGCAAAACCCAGUGAUGCCAGUGAAGCCAUUGAUGCCAGUGACGCCAUUAUUCAUACCCCCAAUCUCCGACAUUAAUUUUCAGAGGUACAUUGAUCAUGAACAGGACCAGAAGGAAGUUCUUCGGGUAUUUAUAAGUGACUUUGCUGGACAGUCAAUCUAUUACGAUACCCAUGGCUGCUUUGUGAAACCACACUGUCCUUACGUUUUGGUUCAUGAUCUUUCUCUGGAGCUUGAUCAGCCCGCCGUUCCCAAGUUUAAAGACGGCGCUGAAGAGAAAGAGAUAGAGAUGAAUAACCCUCACCUUGUUACCAAUUUAGACAAUUUUACGUCAUGGUUGAAGUUCUUGCAAAGUUCAGGUGAAUGCCAAGAUAAACAGUUUUCUGAUAGCUCUGGUUACUGUACCACUACAAAAGGACAGAACUUUAAACGUCCACCAGUUUUAAUAGCCUUAACACACAGUGAUAAGAUGAAAGGGAAUGAGAGCAAAAUAGAUUGCGUACAACGUAGAAUCAACAUGGUUUUGUGUGAAGGAAAAUAUGAGAAUAUCAUCCCAGAAUUUUUCCUGAUCGACAGCACAUUGGAAGGUGACGACGGAGAUGACGUGAGAAAACUUCGUAGAAACCUUUUUGACGUCUCGUAUGGAGUCCUUAACCAGGAGAUUUUAAUGCCUGUUACGUGGCUACAUUUUGAAACUGCUCUGAGCCGGAUGCUAUCACCAGAUAGCAAGUAUAUCCUAGUUGACGAAGCUAAGCGGGAAGCUGAGGCCUGUGGCGUUGAGGAAUUUGAUCAAGCUAUCAAAUUUCUGCACCGCCAAGGUGUGGUUGUUCACCACAGUGGAUCUAGCAAGGUUGUAUUGGAUCCUCCCUGGCUAAUGAAUCGUUUUACGAAAGUGAUCACCAUGCCUUGCAAAUUGGAUGCCUCGACCAGGCACGCUCUUGACGAGUUCAAGAGCAAAGGAAUUUUGUUUCAAGAAUGUCUUGCAAAGCUAAAAGACGCCGAACUUCUGGAAGAGCUCAUGCAAAAGUUUAAUUUGAUUAGUCCUUGCCUGCACGAUGGAAAGCCCGCUUUUUAUGUCCCUUCAGUUGCCCCGGCUAUGGUAAAAGGAAAGAAGUUACGUGUUAGCCCCUAUCCAUCGCUGUUUGUGACAUUUCCUCGCCAACUUGUGCCGAUCAGCCUGUUUACCAAGCUGCAAGUGAAAUUAAUUUCCGAGUGGGAAAAGCGCUUCCCCCCUCAACAAACCAGACCUUCCUUCUACUGCAAUUACUCCUUGUUUGCGAUUACUAUGGACGGCGACGUGUACGAUGUUUGCCUAAUCGACCUACACGAGUUCAUCAAGGUUACUGUUCUUCCGAAACAGGUUGAUAACCACAUUCGUCAUUUCAAGUUUGUCAGUCAUCUGAAAGCCAUUUUGAAAAAAUGCCUGAACGACCUUAAAUCUCCAGAUCAAUUAUUAUUCAGCAUGACCAGCUACGACUUCGAAGUGAAAUGCACCUGCUGCGUUGGUAAAGAAGAAAGAAAAUGUUCUCGUCACCAUGAGACCAAAUGUCAUUCUGACCGUUGUGGGCACUUUUGGAAGUUGAAUGACCUUCAGAGAUUCUUGGACAAUCAAUCACCAGCACUUUGUCUGUCGGACGAAUUCUCGUCCGAGGUGUUUGACAUAAAGAAUGUGAGAAUUUGGCUCAAUACUGGUAAGUGGCUAAUGCUAAAGUUGCUUAUACUUUACUGGUGUCAGUGGACAUUGCCCUCCCCGGUCAAGGUCCCCCCCCCCCUGACACCGCUGUGUCUCCCUGGACCGUGUUCCCUAGCUGAUAUUGUCCCGGCGGACGCUAUCCCCAUCGCGGAUGAUUUCCCCCCGUUACGCAUUGUGUCUUAUACCCAAACUAUGCGAUAA